AAUCGAAAAUGGGAAAAAAAAGAUUUUCGCAUAUUUAUUUGUCGUGCGCGUGAGAGAAAGAAAGAGAGAGAGGGAAAGAGAGAGACGGACCGAGCGUGUUUCUUGGAAGGUCACCGAAGGCAAUAUUAUAGGAGUAAUCGCGUCGCGUUCGUAUAUGUGGUGAUCCGAGAAAGAUAAUUCGAAGUAGAGAAUCUUGAGAAACUUGAUCUCGCUGAGACGGGUCAGCACGCAUCGGUUGCUUUUUAAAAGGGUGGACAGAGAGAGGGAGAGAGGGAGAGAGAGAGAGGGAGAGAAGCAAGUGCGAACGAAAAACGGACAGGCAUAAUUCAGAUCCGGGUUUGUGCGUGCGUGCGUGCUUCGUUGUAUUCUACGAUCUUGGAAGGACGAUCUAUGUAUAUAUACAAAUGGAGCACGGGUGUGUUCUUGAAAUAAAAAUGCGCGCUGAAACGAAGUAUCAUUAUCUAGUAUUGUUCUAAAUAUUGAUUUUUAACGCUCGACUCCGUCACACACAGAGAGAAAGAUAUAUCCUUUUAACUUUCUCGCUUAUGCGAAUAUACGAGGCAUUUUCUCAUUACUUUCCUUUCUCUUUUUUCUUUCUCUAUUACGUAGCCAAUAUAUACUCUCGCUAAAUCGUUAAACGAUUGAUGAUCAUUUAAACUCUUCGAAAACAAUAUGUGCUUGAAAUGUGACAUACAUGUAUGAAAUCGAUCGUCCCUAGAUCAUACUAUGAGUAGUACGUUCGGAACGGAGGCAUCAACGAUCGCGGUCUCGGUGAUUGACAAUAUGAUGACCAAUGACUCUAAUAACAUUGUCGAUAAUACCUUUGAAGCAACCAGGGAAGCGACACCUAUUUUUUUGCAGACUCGAGCUGCUCAAGGCAUAGCCGGUGUUUUCGUCUGGCUAGCUCUUUUUUUAACUUGCCAACAGAUUUAUCAACAUUUAAGAUGGUAUACCAAUCCCACGGAACAACGAUGGAUAGUCAGAAUACUCUUCAUCGUACCAAUUUAUGCAACGUAUUCUUGGGUGUCCCUAUUAUUCUUCAAUAGCGAAAGCUAUUAUGUUUAUUUCUUUACCGUACGAGACUGUUAUGAAGCAUUUGUUAUAUAUAACUUUCUGUCCUUAUGCUACGAGUACCUGGGUGGUGAAGGGAACAUUAUGUCCGAAAUAAGGGGUAAACCAAUACGUUCCAAUUGUUUGUAUGGAACAUGCUGCCUAGUUGGAAAGACUUAUACUAUUGGUUUCUUGAGAUUUUGUAAACAAGCAACUUUACAAUUCUGCUUGGUCAAGCCUGUAAUGGCUUUUGUCAUUAUAUUUCUUCAAGCAUUUGGCCAUUAUAGAGAUGGAGAUUGGUCUCCAGAUGGUGGCUAUAUUUAUAUAACAGUGAUUUAUAAUUUUAGUGUAUCUCUUGCUCUUUACGGACUUUUUCUCUUUUACUUUGCCACAAGAGAACUGCUAACUCCGUUUGAACCAGUUUUAAAAUUUUGUACUGUAAAAAGUGUCAUUUUUCUGUCAUUUUGGCAAGGAGUGUUAUUGGCCAUUCUUGAAAAAGCAAAUGUAAUUUCACCAGUAAUAAACAGCUUAGGUCAGUCAACGAGCGCUGGUACAGUUUCUGCUGGUUAUCAGAAUUUUCUAAUUUGCAUUGAAAUGUUGUUUGCUGCAAUUGCAUUGCGCUAUGCAUUUCCAUAUCAAGUAUAUUCAGCUGGUUGUGUAACUGACUCUAGAGGAAGAAGUGUGACAAUGCAAAGUAUUAGUAGCAGUUUGAAAGAAACUAUGAAUCCAAAAGAUAUAAUGACUGAUGCCAUCCACAACUUUCAUCCACAGUAUCAACAGUAUACGCAGUACAGCUCUGGAGGACCGAAGGGGCAACGUGGUAUGCGAGUAUCCAGCUUUGAUCCUGAUGAUCCACAAAAUAUGCCGGUACCACCACCACAAAGACGUAAUACUUCUCAUCAACGAGUUGCAACUAUCUCACAAAAUUAUAAUGAAAAAACUAUGUUAUUGAGUAGCGAUGAUGAAUUUCAAUAAAUAUGGAAAGUAAUCAAUU